CUUUCAGUCACCUCUUUUUACUGAGGUGUACGGUUUGCGGUUCUCUCAUAAUAUCUGUAAUCUAUGGCUGUGGGUAUUCCUCAGUCUGAAAUGAAGGGAAAGAAUGGUGGAUUUGGCUUAUCUUUAUUCAAAUAAACGGCCGGUAAUGGCUAGAUAAACACAUUUCUAUUAUUAUAUCUAUAACCUACAUUUUUUUUUAUAAAAUUCGUGAAUACUUCAACGUAAUAAAUAUCAAGACACGUAGCCAAUAGCUUAAUAAAAGUGGGUAUGUCACAGUAAAUUUUUGUAGCAUUAAUUCAAAAUUAUAUGUUACAAAUAUGUUACCGCUAUCACAUAAGGACACUUACCAAACGUAUUCAAGAGGUUUUGGCUCGAGAAUUAAAGAAAAGGUGAAUGGUUGGAUUAGGUUAAUAUUUUCAGAUAGAAGCUCAAGAAAUCUAUUUCUGUUUUUACUCCUUAAUCUAUCUUUUGCAUUUGUUGAAUUAAUUUAUGGCGUGUGGAGUAAUAGUUUAGGUUUAAUUUCCGAUUCCUUCCAUAUGUUUUUUGACUGCACUGGUCUUCUGGCAGGUUUAGUAGCAUCAGUUAUUACUAAGUGGAAAGCAAAUGAUAAAUAUUCUUAUGGUUAUGUGAGAGCAGAAAUUUUGGCAGGCUUUGUAAAUGGACUUUUUUUACUUUUUAUAUCUUUCUUUUUAAUGUCUGAAGCCGUUGAGAGAGCUAUUGAACCUCCUGAGGUCAAACAUGAAAGACUGUUUGUGGUGUCAGUGUUAGGUUUGUUAGUAAAUUUAGUUGGAAUAUAUGCCUUCCAACAUGGCCACUCCCAUGGAGGGUCUUCACAUGGCCAUUCUCAUGGAGGAGGAGCUGGGCAUGUACACAGUCACUCCCAUGCUGCCAAUAACCAUCAUCAUUCCCAUGACAUAGAAUUAGAUAGUGGAAAUUCCCAAAUAAUGAAAGGAGUCUUCCUGCAUAUUUUAGCGGAUACUUUGGGAAGUGUUGGAGUUAUAGUAUCGGCAGUUCUUAUGAGUAUGUUCGGUUGGAUGAUAGCAGAUCCCAUUUGUUCAAUGUUUAUUGCUAUACUUAUAGCUGUUAGUGUUUUGGCUCUAAUUAAAGAUUCUAUUAUGAUAUUGAUGCAGAGACAACCUGUGUCUCUAGACAAUGUUCUGCCUCAAUGUUAUCAAAAAGUUGUUAGUCUUGCAGGGGUGUAUUCUGUUCAGGAACCACAUUUUUGGACUUUGUGCAGUGAUUUUUAUGUGGGUGCUAUAAAGUUAGAAGUAUCAAAAACUGUAGAUCCAAAAUAUGUUGUGUCACAUACUCAGAUGAUUUUUGCGUCUGUAGGUGUAAGGCAGUUAUAUGUUCAGUUGGACUAUACGCCAAUGUGAUAAAUUGUUAUGGGUAAGUGAUAUGGGUUCUAUCCAAAUUUAGUAAAUUCAAUUAAAUCUGAUUAUAAACAGUAAAAAAAAACAAUUUGUUAUAUCAGACAUUAAAUUUUAUACCUUUUUAUAUUAUUUUUUUUUAUUAUAUUGUACAUGUAAUAGAAAAUGAGAUUCUGUUAUUUUUUUAAGUUAUUGAAUGUAUAUAAUGUUGAUAUUUGACUUUUUCUAUAAAAAGCUUAUAUCAAAAAUUCUCUAGAAUAAAUAACAUAUGUUUAUAAAAAAAUUUCCAUAUAAUAAACUUGAAAAUUUGUA